AUGGACGACCUCACCACCACGCUUCAGUCCCUGGGCGUCUCCGACGUCCCCAAGGCCCCGAAUACAUAUCCAGAACUUAACCCCUUCGACCUCUACCGCUCGCACCUCGCCACCCUCCUCGCGCCCCUCAGCGGCCAAGACGCGUCCGUAAUCUAUCCCGCGCUGCAAUACACCAACACGCUCGACAAAGGCGACCUCGUCCUGCCCGUGCCGGCGCUGAGGAUAAAAGGCAAGAAGCCGGACCAGCUGGCCAAAGAGCUGGGCGAGAAAUUCCCCGAGGAUGACAAGCUGGUCGAGGCGCCGACGGUCAGCGGGACGUACCUGCAGUUCUUCUUCCGGCCGGAGCCGUUGAAGCGGGUCGUGCUGCCCGCGAUUCUGAAGAGGGGGAGCGGGUAUGGGUUCAACCCUGCGUUUGGGCUCAGGGAUCCGCGGGAUCCUAGCAAGGGGAAGAAGAAGGCGAUUGUGGAGUUCUCGUCGCCGAAUAUUGCGAAGCCGUUCCACGCGGGGCAUCUGAGGAGUACGAUUAUUGGCGGGUUUUUGGCCAAGUUGUACGAGCGCGCGGGGUGGGAGGUUGUCAAGAUGAACUAUCUGGGAGAUUGGGGGAAGCAGUAUGGCGUCCUGGCGGUGGGAUUUGAGAGAUUUGGGCAGGAGGACGAGUUGGUGAGGAAUCCGGUGGGGCAUCUUUAUGAUGUGUAUGUGCAGAUAAGCAGGCUGCAGAAGGAGGAGGAUGAGAGGAGUAAGCAGUUGGCGGUGGAGAUUAAGGGGCUGGAAGGGGAGGAGAAAGCGAAGAAACAGGAAGAGCUGGAUAGAAUAGUUAGCGAGGGCGUGGACGAGCAGGCGCGGAAAUACUUCAAGCGGAUGGUGGAUGGUGAUGAGGAAGCAUUAGGCGUAUGGCGGCGGUUCCGCGACCUAAGCAUCGAGAAGAUGAUGAAGACAUACGCGCGCCUCAACAUCGAGUACGACGACUACAGCGGCGAGAGCCAGGUCAAGGACGAAAGCAUGGAGAAAGCCGCAAAGAUCAUGGAGGAGAAGGGCGUCUCAGAAAACUCGGACGGCGCUAUCAUCGUCGAUCUCACAAAGUACUCGAAGAAGCUAGGCAAGGCGAUUGUCAAGAAGAAGGACGGCACCAGCUUGUACCUCACCAGGGAUAUCGGCGCGAUAAUGGAACGGUACGACAAUUACCACUUCGACAAGAUGAUCUAUGUCGUGGCGUCGCAGCAGGACUUGCAUCUGGCGCAGCUGUUCAAGAUCACGGAGGCGAUGGGCAUGAAGGACAUUGCUGAGAAGUGCCAGCACAUCAACUUUGGGAUGGUCAUGGGCAUGUCAACAAGGAGGGGCACGGCCAAAUUCCUGGACGACAUCCUUCGGGACGUCGGAGACAAGAUGCACGAAGUCAUGCGCACAAACCAAGCAAAGUACGAACAAGUGGAAGACCCCGACAAAACAGCCGACACCCUCGGCAUCUCCGCCGUAAUGGUGCAAGAUAUGUCCGGCAAGCGGAUAAACAACUACGACUUCGACAUCAACCGCAUGACCUCCUUCGAAGGCGACACAGGCCCCUAUCUGCAAUAUGCGCACGCGCGGCUGUGCUCCAUCACGCGCCGCGCCGAGAUCCCGGCCGCCGACCUCCUGGACGCCGACUGGUCGCUGCUCAAGGAGAAACACGCGAUUGAUUUAGUGCGGAGUCUGGCGCAGUGGCCGGAUGUGUUUAUCAAUACGCUGAAGACGCUCGAGCCGGUUACGGUGCUGACGUAUCUGUUUAAGAUGACGCAUGCGUUGAGUUCGAGCUAUGACCAUCUCCAAGUCGUGGGCAGUGAGUAUGAGAUCAAGAGAGCAAGGCUGGCGCUGUAUGAGGCGGCGAGGACGGUGCUGGGGAAUGGGAUGAGGUUAUUGGGGUUGAGCCCUGUGGAGAGGAUGUAG